AAUAAAUUAAAAGUACUUAGAAUAAAUCAUAAAAAAUUCAAAACUGAACCAAAAUGUGUCAUUAAACCUCUCAGCUUUAAUUCCUGGCAUAUAAAAUCAUUUACAGAUGAAAAAAUAUACAUUGUACUUAAAACUGAACUUAAGGAGUGUUCCAUGUAUGCAGAUGAAGUUACUUGCUCACUUCCUUGUACAAUAUGUAAAACAUGUUUCCAUGAUUUCAUUUGUAGCUGCCCUGAUCACAGUAUUAGAAAUAACAUGUGUAAACACAUUCAUGCGGUCUGUAUGUACAAUCUCAAUAACGAACAAAACAUAUAUCUGGAUACGGAUAUAGGUAAAAAUAAUAUUGAGAUGGCACAAAACCAACAGCAAGUUCAACAUUUAGAGGAUGAUAUUCAAACACAUCAGGAUGAUGAUAUUUUAUUGGACAAUAUGAGGAACAAGAUAUUAAAAGAAGUUGAACUGUCCUUGCAAAAUGUCAAAACAAAAGAUCAACUACUACAGAUCAAUAGAAAAUUAAUUGCACCAAUACAUGCAUUCAUUUCUGCUUCGAAUGUUGAAACUGUGGCUCUUAGAAAGCAAAAAUCGGAAAGAGGAAAAAUGGCACUCCAAAAAAGGAUUUUUGAUAAAAACAAUUUUUGAAUAACUUUUACAUUUUUACAAUGUUUUAUUUAAUAUGACUCAGUAUGGUGAAUUAAUAUACCUACAUAUUUUUAAUUUCAUA